AUGAAUCAAAAAGAUAAGAAUAUUGAAAAUAAUAUUUAUGUUAAUAAAAUAGAAGUAAAUACAAGUGAAGAUAAAAAUGAACAAGAAGGCAAUACUUUAAAAGACAGUAAAAAUGUACAAGAAGAUCAAAGGCUACAAGAUGAUCAAAAUGUAAAAGAAGAUAAAAAGGCACAAGAAGAUAAAAAGCUACAAGAUGAUCGAAAGGUACAAGAAGAUCAAAAGAUACAAGAUGAUCAAAAGGUACAAGAAGAUGAAAAGGCACAAGAAGAUCAAAAAAUACAGGAAGAUCAAACGGUAGAGGAUGAUCCAAAGAUACAAGAAGAUAAAAAGCUACAAGAUGAUCGAAAAGUACAAGAAGAUCGAAAGGCGCAGGAAGAUCAAACGAUACAAGAAAUUCAAAAGGUACAAGAAGAUCUAAAAGUACAAGAAGAUCAAAAGAUACAGGAAGAUCAAACGGUACAGGAAGAUAUAAAGGCACAAGAAGUUCAAAAAGUACAUAAAGAUCAAAAGAUACAAGAAGAUCAAAAAGUACAAGAAGGUCGAAAGAUACAGGAAGAUCAAAAGAUUCAAGAUGAUCAAAAGGUACAAGAAGAUCAAAAGAUACAGGAAGAUCAAACGGUACAGGAAGAUCAAAUGGUACAGGAAGAUAUAAAUACACAAGAAGUUCAAAAGGUACAGGAAGAUCAAAAGAUACAAGAAGAUCAAAAGAUACAGGAAGAUCAAACGGUACAGGAAGAUCAAAUGGUACAGGAAGAUAUAAAUACACAAGAAGUUCAAAAGGUACAGGAAGAUCAAAAGAUACAAGAAGAUCAAAAGGUACAAGAAGAUCGAAAGGUACAAGAAGAUCAAAAGGUACUUGUAGAUCAGAAGAUACAAGAAGAUCAAAAGGUACAAGAAGAUCGAAAGGUACAAGAAGAUCAAAAGAUACAAGAAGAUCGAAAGUUACAAGAAGAUCAAAAGAUACAAGAUGAUCAAAAGGUAAAAGAAGAACAAAAGGUACAAGAAGAACAAAAGGUACAAGAAAAACAAAAGGUAAAAGAUGAUCAAAAGGUAAAAGAAGAACAAAAGGUACAAGAAGAACAAAAGGUACAAGAAAAACAAAAGGUAAAAGAUGAUCAAAAGGUAAAAGAUGAUCAAAAGCUACAAGAUGAUCAAAAGGUAAAAGAAGAACAAAAGGUACAAGAAGAACAAAAGGUACAAGAAAAACAAAAGGUAAAAGAUGAUCAAAAGGUAAAAGAAGAACAAAAGGUACAAGAAGAACAAAAGGUACAAGAAAAACAAAAGGUAAAAGAUGAUCAAAAGGUAAAAGAUGAUCAAAAGCUACAAGAUGAUCAAAAAGUAAAAGAAGAUCAAAUGGUACAGGAAGAUCAAAAAGGACAAGAAGAUCAAAAGUUACAAGAAGAUCAAAAGCUACAAGAAGAUCAAAAGGUACAAGAAGAUCAAAAGCUACUAGAAGAUCAAAAGCUACUAGAAGAUAAAAUAGUACAAGAAGAUCAAAGGGAACAAGCAAUAGAUAAGAGUGAAGAGGUUAUUGUUCCUGAAAGUAAAAAGGCCAAAACCAAUACAUGUUUAAAGCUAUUAAACAAAAUUCUAAUGCCAUUUAAAGGAUGUUUGAUGAGACGAAAGAAACUAAGAGAAGAAAUAAAGUUACAAAUGGAAGAUCUUAAAACUAUACCAAAAAAUUUGCAGCAGUCACAGAUAAAAAAGAAAACAUCCGAGGAUCAAGAAUGGUUCAUGAAGGAAUACGAAAAACACAUUGGCAAGAUUGUUAGGGAUGAACCGAACCCAGCAUAUGUACCUAAGCCUACAGAUUCAUUAUUUUUGACUUGGAACGGGCCACCUCUAAAGCACUGUUUUUGUCCUUAUGAAGAAUGUUUUUGUAGAGCAGACUCAGUUCUCAAGCCGGGUAAAAUUCCAUGGAAAUUGCGUUGUGAAUGGAACAAUAUGUACUUUUGUCAAAUGUUCUGUGGUUAUCCAAAAAGUAAACCACAUUCAGACUCAAAAGAGUACCUUAAUAAACUGAAAGCAAGGUCAACUAAAGAAGAAAAUCGAUAUAACAAAAUGGCUUAUGAUGAGAUUUCCGAUAUAGUUGAAGAAGAAAAGCCUAAAGAAGAACCCGUGCCCCAAGUUGUAGUUGAAAAGCCUAAAGAAGAACCUUUGAUCCAAGAGCCAAUAAAGGAGGAAGACGACAUUCCCAUUUGCAACUCUUACAAUUGCACUGGUAAGGACUUAUGA